CUUUGGUCCAUGGAAAGAACAUAACAGGAAUUAUACUCUUUUUUUUACCAAUCCUGCUCUAUAACUGAUCGGAUACAGACCGAAUGAAACAAACAGUUAAUGAAAUCUCUAACAAAACGAUGUUAUGUCAUUUUAGAGUGUUUAAAUGUCACUAUGAGGUCCUGAACUUCCUAUAUAUGCUAACAGCUUAUGAUACUUAAGAUUCAGAUCCUAAAACGUGUUUGUCGUUUAUGCCUGACAAGGAUUGAAAACUGAAAGAGAAUGAAAUGCGCUGACUAUCCUCUCAUUGUGUUCUAGCGCGGUUUGUGAUAUUCUUCCUCACGCUACUGUAUGCUACCCUAGUAUACAAAGUAUAUUCUGGCUAGACGCGAACCUCCACAAGGUUGAAAUAUGAUACCGGCUUUGAUUCUCAAUUGUUUAUUACCUUUAUCGUCCGGUUUCGUAACCAGACACUUUCCGUGGUCAACCAUCAAGAAUCCGGAGUUCACAUAUGAAACAAGAUACUUUUGGACCAGGGUUGAUCACUUUUCUUUCGUAAAUGAUGACAAGUUCUUUAUCAAGUAUCUAAUUAACAACGAAUCGUUCACUCCGGGUGGCCCGAUAUUUUUUUACACAGGAAAUGAAGGUGCCAUAGAAAUAUUUGCAGAGAACUCAGGGUUUAUCUGGAAGCUUUCUCAAGAACUUAAUGCUUCUGUUGUUUUUGCCGAACACCGGUAUUACGGAACCUCUCUCCCAUUCGGGAAUAAUUCUUUCAAAGACCGUCAGCACUUUGGUUACCUAACUGCAGAACAAGCGUUGGCUGAUUAUGUACUUCUAAUUAAUCAACUAAAAGCUAAUUAUUCAUGCUUUGCUUCAUCACCUGUAAUCGCUUUCGGAGGAUCCUAUGGCGGUAUGCUCUCUGCUUGGAUCAGACAAAAGUACCCUAAUCAAAUUGCCGGUGCUAUAGCUUCUUCUGCACCAGUAUGGCUGUUUCCCGGAUUAUCUGACUGCAAUGGUUUCAGUAUGACAGCAACAAAUAGCUUUUUGAAAUAUGGUGGCGAGAACUGUGUGAAGAAUAUACAACUUUCCUGGAGUAAUAUUGUAGACAUAGGUCAAAGUAUUGAUGGGAAAGAAUUAUUAACCCACAUGUUUAACAUCUGUACGCCUUUAACUGAUGUUCAGAAUAUCAUAGACUACUUCUCCGAUUUUUUGGGAACGAUAUCUAUGGUCAAUUAUCCUUACCCAGCCAACUUUCUGCUUGCUUUACCUGAAUGGCCAGUCAAGUAUUUGUGUACCAAUUUAUCUGCAUACGACCCUCAACAACCAGUGGUAACCAGAAUAUCUUUAUUAGCCAAGGCUAUACUAUCACUGACAAAUUAUACUGGGAAUCAAACGUGUUUAGACAUUUCAACGAGUUCGCCAAGUCUGGACACUACUGGAUGGGAUUUACAAACUUGCAUGGAGAUGACAACACCUAUGUGUGCAUCAGGGCCGGUAAACAUCAUGCCUCCAUUAAAUUGGGAUCUUAAGUCUUUCUCAAUCUCUUGUCAAAAUCGAUUUGGUGUAAGUCCACGCGUUGAAUGGCCAAAAGUUGAAUUUUGGAGUAAAUCAGUACAUACUAUUACCAACAUAAUUUUCAGCAAUGGUGAAAUUGAUCCAUGGUCAGCAUUAUCAAUUACAAAUAAUAGUUAUGUCCCAUUUGCUACAGUCAUUAAUAUCUCUGAUGCUGCUCAUCAUUUAGAUUUGAGAACUCCUAACCCGGCUGAUCCUCAAAGUGUGAUUAAAGCAAGAGAAAUUGAAAAACAGAAAAUAAUCCAAUGGAUAAAAGAAUGGAAACUUAAAUACAAAUUAUUGAAAUUUUUCAAUAGCAUCAGAUCAUUCAUCUCUUUACUAGAUUACCUUGGCUAAUGUUUAAAGAAAUACUUUGUAUUUUUUGUUGUUGCAAUUUUCAUGAUAAUAAUCCUAAUUUAAACUGACAUUAUAAUUUAUAAUCAAAUUUUUUACAUCUUGAAAAGUAGUUUUUCAUGAUUGACAUAAUUUACUCAUACAGUGUUUAUGGACGUAUUGGGACAAGUUAAAAAUUCGUUCAUUUAAAUAGUGCAAAAGGAUCCGUAAAGCGUAGUUAGAAAUGAUUGUUGGUUAUAAAACGUAAAGUAAACAAUGCUCUAGUAGGUCUUUUUCUGCUCUGCAAUUGGUGAGCACGAAGGUUUCAAGCCAAAUGUGGUCAACAGCGUUAUGUACUGCUACCGUUAUCCUUAAAACGUUGAGAUCAUGUAAAGAAUGUUUAUAUCUGAUAGAGGAAUCAUACGUACAUAGCUUAUUUUACAACUUCAUAUUAUUGUGUUGAGUAAAUUUAUCUUAUAUCUAUGGGUUUAUUAUUUUCAAAUUACGUACAAUACAUUGGUUGUCUUAACGGAUAAUGGUGUUGCAAGUUGGAAAUUUAGUGUAACGUACGCUUUAUUAAGUUUUGUAUGUGAUUAUAAGCAAACCAGAAUAAUGAAACCAACAAUGAAUUAAAUCUUAAUGCAUCGGUAUCUAAUGAUACUGUUUUCAAGAUAUUUCUGGCAUAUACUGGUAGUCAGGUGUAAAUAACUUGCAGAAUUUUCUCUAAA